GCGGUCGCCGGGGUGUCACGAUGGCGGCGCCCAGGUGCUGCGUUCUAUGGCGCGUCUGCGGCCGCGGGUGGUGGCGAGCCACGGGACACUGCAGGCUCCCCGGGUGUCAUAGAUCCUGGCCAUGGGCCACGCUGGGAACGCGGUCCUUGUCCCAGGAGAAGCGAGCCGCGGAAACGCACUUCGGGUUUGAGACCGUGUCGGAAGGGGAGAAAGGAAGCAAAGUCUACCAGGUGUUUGAGAACGUGGCCAAGAAGUACGAUCUGAUGAAUGACAUGAUGAGUCUCGGCAUCCAUCGAGCUUGGAAGGAUUUGCUUAUCAGGAAGAUGCACCCGCUGCCCGGGACCCAGCUGCUCGACAUGGCUGGAGGCACAGGUGACAUUGCGUUCCGGUUCCUUAGUUACGUUCAGGCACAACAUCAGAGGAGACAGAGGAGACAGCUAAGGACUCAGCAAAACCUAUCCUGGGAAGAAAUUGCCAAAAAGUACCAGAAUGAAGAGGAUUCCUUGGGAGGUUCACUUGCCACGGUCUGUGACAUCAACAGGGAGAUGCUAAAGGUUGGGAAGCAGAAGGCCUUGGACCAAGGACACACAGCUGGACUGGCGUGGGUGCUGGGAGACGCUGAAGAACUGCCCUUCGAUGACGACAGCUUUGAUGUUUACACCAUUGCAUUUGGGAUCCGGAAUGUCACACACAUUGACCAGGCUCUCCAGGAAGCCCAUCGGGUCCUAAAGCCAGGAGGCCGGUUUCUCUGUCUGGAAUUUGGCCAAGUGAAUGACCCUCUCAUAUCCAGGCUUUAUGAUCUGUACAGCUUCCAGGUCAUCCCUGUCAUUGGUGAGGUCAUUGCAGGAGACUGGAAGUCCUACCAAUACCUUGUGGAAAGUAUUCGGAAGUUCCCAAAUCAGGAGGACUUCAAGGACAUGAUUGAAGACGCAGGCUUUCAGAGGGUGACGUACGAGAACCUGACUACAGGGAUUGUGGCCAUUCACUCUGGCUUCAAACUCUAGCUCCUUUUCUACUGUGGCACACAGGCCAGUCAUUUCUACUGAACCCCGGGGCCAGAUCAUCUCCCUGAUGAGACAGUAGCUGACCAUUCGUCUCCUCUUACGGCCGUUAAGACUUUGGAUUAGCUCUCAUUAGUAGCUGCCCAGGCUGCUGAGGCCUUCUCCCAGAAAUGUCUGGCCUGGUUUCUGCUGGACUCCAGCUAGAGGCUUAGCCGUGCAGUGUGGGAGUCAGGUAAAACCAGCACGAUUGCAAUUCUCAAGUUUGUUCAUAGUUUCUUCCAUGACAGAUGUUUUCUAGAGGGGUAAUGGGUCACUGGAACCCAAGGAGAAUCUGAACCAGCUCUUCAGACCAGAUUGGAAUCUAAGGUGGUCCACAUCAGAACGCUGACAAUGUGGGCACCCAGCGGUGAGCACCUCUGAGAUCUGGGGCUAGGGGUACAGCUCAGUGGAGCACAUGCCUGGCCCGUGGAGGCCCUGGGUUUGGUGCUCCGCAGAAGCAAACAGAAGUAGGAACCUGUGAAGCAGUGAAGUUUACAAUUUGGGUGUGGUUGUUACUCUUUCCUGGAAGAGGUGACACAGAUAUACGCCACCCUCGGCUCCUGGCACUUACACGGUGUCUUACAACUCUCUGUAACUCUUACUAGGGAACCCAAUGCCCCCACACAAACACACACACACAAACACACGCGUUGACAUACAUAAAAAGUUAAAUAAGAAUCACAAAAGUGCCAUCUCAGCACUGCCACUGCUGAGCCAAGCCCGCAGAGCGAGUUCCAGGCCAGGCGGGACUGCAUGUUGAGCUCAUACUUCUCUAGAGAAGCUUAAAAGAAAAAAAAAAUAAGACUAUGCAUAUAGCCCAGUUCCUCCAGUUCCAAGACCAGCCAGAGCCUGAUCUCAUUGCCCUCCAUUGUGAUGUUAAGGGAUUUUCUGUGUAUCUUGAACCUGACACUAGGCUUUAUACAAACAUUUGUUUAAAAAAAUAUAUAAUAAAGUAGGGUUAUCUGAAA